GUCUCGUCUCUUCUCUGUGCCGCGGUGCAACCCACUCGCCGCUGCUUAAAGCGCGCCACUCGGCACGGCGGGGGGCGGCGGCCGCUUCCCCACAUCGCCAUUAGUGAGCCCGGAGAAAAGCUCGCUCGGUAGAGCUCCACUUCGCUCGGAGGAUCGAACAGCUUCUCUCCCAUGGGUUCUUGGUGCAGCUAGUCUCUUUCUUGGCGAUUCUUGGCGCACGCGUCGGGGAGUUGAGGAGUGAGGGCUGCUGAGGCAAUGGGCUGGGCAAGGAAGGAGCAGUGGGCGGUUGCAUGGCUGUGCGCGGCGGUUCUUGGGGUGGCGCUGGCGGGCGCCGGCGCCGGCGCGUUCGAGGAGGGCACCGCGGUGUACAUUGUGACCAUGAAGCAGGCGCCGGUGUUCCACAAGCGCCUCGACUUGGAGAGGUCCGGGAGCAGCAGAGUUGCCGCCGCCGCCGGGGACACCCCGUCCACCAGCAUCCUCAUGAAGCCAAGGCCUAAUCCAGCCCAGCCUGUGAAUUAUGGUUCAUACCUUGUUCGUCUUCAAAAUUCGUUCUUGAAGAGAACGCUAAGAGGAGAGCGCUAUGUAAAGCUCUACAGCUACCGCUAUUUGAUUAAUGGUUUUGCUGUUGUCAUCACUCCUCAGCAGGCAGAGAAGCUAUCCAGGAGGAAAGAAGUGGCAAACGUAAUGUUGGACUUCUCAGUUAGGACGGCAACAACUCAUACCCCUGAAUUCCUUGGCUUGCCAGAAGGAGCAUGGGUUCAAGAAGGUGGCCCACAAUGUGCUGGUCAGGGUGUAGUUGUUGGUCUCAUCGACACAGGAAUCGAUCCAACUCACCCCAGCUUCGCAGAUGACUUGAUAACUGAUAGUUAUCCAGUUCCUGCUCAUUACUCUGGCAUAUGUGAGGUUACGAAUGAUUUCCCAUCUGGAUCCUGCAACAGAAAACUUGUGGGAGCUAGGCAUUUUGCAGCCUCUGCAAUAACCAGGGGAGUGUUCAAUGCUUCUCAAGAUCAUGCUUCACCAUCUGAUAGUGAUGGACAUGGGACUCAUACUGCAUCCAUCGCAGCUGGUAAUCAUGGGAUUCCUGUUGUUGUGGCUGGGCAUCACUUUGGGGAUGCAAGUGGAAUGGCUCCUCGUGCACACAUUGCUGUCUAUAAAGCUCUGUACAAAAGCUUUGGAGGUUUUGCUGCUGAUGUGGUCGCUGCAAUUGACCAGGCAGCUGAAGAUAAUGUUGAUAUAAUCAGCUUAUCCAUUACCCCAAAUAGAAGGCCUCCUGGACUGGCUACCUUCUUUAAUCCAAUUGAUAUGGCUCUUCUUUCAGCUGUAAAAGCUGGCAUAUUUGUCGUGCAAGCUGCAGGAAAUACUGGUCCUUCCCCCAAGAGCAUGUCGUCGUACAGCCCAUGGAUUUUUACUGUAGGAGCGUCUGCCCAUGAUAGGGAGUACAACAAUUAUGUUGUACUUGGAAACAAUUUGACCAUUACAGGAGUUGGUCUUGCUCCUGGAACAGAUGGUGAUUCCAUGUACACUCUAGUUGCUGCACCUCAUGCCCUGAAAAACAAUGCAGCCAGCCCUACUGAAAUGUCCCUAGGGGAGUGCCAAGAUUCAAGCCACCUUGAUGAAGAUCUGAUAAGGGGAAAGAUACUGGUCUGUAGCUAUUCCAUACGUUUUGUACUUGGCCUGUCUUCUGUGAAGCUAGCUUUAGAUACUGCAAAGAAUGUCAGUGCUGCAGGAGUUAUAUUCUAUCUAGAUCCAUUUGUCAUUGGAUUCCAGCUGAAUCCAACUCCAAUGGAUAUGCCUGGACUUAUAAUACCAUCAUCUGAUGACUCUAAGGUAUUUCUAAACUAUUACAAUGAGUCCCUUGUGAGAGAUGAGACUUCAAACAAAAUCGUCAGCUUUGGUGCGGUUGCAAAAAUACUAGGAGGCCUAAAGCCAAAUUAUGGCUUUUCUGCCCCAAAAGUAAUGUUCUAUUCUGCCAGGGGUCCUGAUCCAGAGGACAACUCACUAGCCAAUGCUGAUAUCUUGAAGCCAAAUCUGAUAGCACCGGGGAGCUCCAUUUGGGGGGCUUGGAGUUCUCUUGGAUUGGACUCUGCUGAAUUUGCUGGUGAAAGUUUCGCGAUGAUCUCUGGUACAAGUAUGGCUGCACCACACAUUGCUGGGCUUGCUGCUCUAAUCAAGCAGAAGUUCCCUUAUUUUAGCCCAGCAGCUAUAGGCUCUGCGCUAUCGACUACUACAAGUCUCAGUGACAGGCAGGGAAAUCCAAUCAUGGCACAGAGAACAUAUGGCAAUCCAAAUUCGACUCAAUCUCCAGCUACACCUUUUGACAUGGGGAAUGGCUUUGUCAAUGCUACGGCCGCUUUGGAUCCUGGGCUCAUAUUUGAUUGCAGCUACGACGAUUUCUUUUCCUUUCUAUGCGGCAUAAACGGCUCUGCUCCAGUAGUGAUGAACUACACCGGCAGCAGCUGCGGCGCCUCCACCAUGGCAGGAGCUGAUCUAAACCUACCCUCGAUCACCAUAGCGGUGCUGAACCAGUCAAGAACGAUCACAAGGACGGUGACCAACGUGGCGGGCGACGAGAGCUACACGGUCAGCUACAGCGCCCCUUACGGCGUCGCGGUCUCCGCGUCGCCGGCGCAGUUCUUCAUCCCCGGCGGGCAGAGGCAGCUCGUGACCUUCGUUGUCAGCGCCACCAUGAACAGCACCUCCGCGAGCUUCGGCAACGUCGGGUUCUACGGCGACAAGGGUCACCGGGUGAUGGUCCCGUUUUCAGUUAUCUCCAAGGUUGUACACAGUUCAUGAUCGACUGGAUGAAACAGCGCUGUAUAUGGCAAAAAAAAAAGGAUCUGCUUGAUCCAGCGUGUGCGGCGGGUGAAUCGACUGCCUGGGGGCUGGGGGCUAACCUGACCGAGAGGAGAUUUUUUGUUGAUCUUGAUGUACAUUUUGAAGCAUGUCAGUGUAAGUAGGAUCAAGAUGAGUGACUAGUAACUGUAAAAAGAAUGCUGUACCUGGACCUGCCCUUCCAUGAAUGAGAAAUCAUGCCUUUUCUCACAAAA